AAGCCUUACCUAGGCGGUGGGGUCGGAAUGAGACGUGGCGGAGUGUAGCACCGCAGAGCCGAAGGCUGCGUCGUCUCGGGACUGCUGUACCAACGCAUAAUGGGAAGCGAAGGUGUGGACGGAAGACCAGGUGGCCGCUCUACAAAUGUCCUGGAUGGGAACAUGGGCCAGGAAGGCGGCUGACGAGGCGUGCGCCCUCGUCGAGUGUGCGGGGCUUCAGCUACGUGGACUUGGUGGAGGGGCUGCAGGACGGCCGUUUCUACGCCCUGAAGCGCAUCCUGUGCCAUGACAAGGAGGACCGCCGGGAAGCCCUGCGCGAGGUGGAGAUGCACGGCCUCUUCGAGCACCCCAACAUCCUGCGGCUCGAGGCCCACUGCAUGGUGGAGAAAGGGCCCAAGCACGAGGCCUGGCUGCUGCUGCCCUUUCUCAGGAGAGGGACCCUGUGGAGCGAGGUGGAAGCUCUGCGAGACAAAGGCACCUUCCUGCCCGAGGAGCGGAUUGUCCCCAUUCUCCUUGGCAUCUGCCGGGGGCUGGAGGCCAUUCAUGGCAAGGGCUAUGCACACAGAGACCUGAAGCCCACCAACGUGCUGCUGGAUGACGAGGAGCAGCCCGUGCUGAUGGACCUGGGCUCCAUGAACCAGGCCCGCAUCGAGGUCAAGAGCUCCCGGGAGGCCAUGGCGUUGCAGGACUGGGCGGCCCAGCGCUGCACCAUCUCCUACCGGGCACCGGAGCUCUUCACCGUGGAGAGUCAGUGCGUCAUCGACGAGCGAACAGACAUCUGGUCCCUAGGCUGCGUGCUGUACUGCAUGAUGUUCGGCGAGGGCCCCUAUGACCUCAUCUUCCAGAAGGGUGACAGCGUGGCUCUGGCCGUGCAGAACCAGCUCCGCGUGCCGGCCAGUGGCAGGUACUCCGCUGCCCUGGAGCACCUGCUCUCCUCCAUGAUGGCAGUGAACCCUCAGGACCGGCCCCACGUCUGCCACAUACUUGACCAGCUGGAGGGGCUGCAGCCAGCACCAAGGGGCCAGGACACCACCCGGAUCUGAGCCCUGCCCAGCUCUGUAGCCCCAGGGACUGGUGCGUGUCGGGUGGGGGGGCUGCUGCCCUACGGGCAGGGUCACGGAACUGCUUUUAAAAGGGAAUUUUAAGGUGAAAACACAAACCCAGCCCUGUGGUGCCAAGUCCUCCCCGCCGUGCCAGGCUGGCCCAUGCCCCACUCCCAGGAACUCAGCCAGGGCACAUGCCCGGAGCAGGAGGGGGCCCAGGCCCUGCCUGAGUUCCAUGUGGCUGGGGAGGGGAAGAUGGUGCCACCACUUCCCCUUCCCCAGGGCUGCCUCCAGCAAGCGGGGCCUUCACAGCAUUCCCUUGGCCAUGGGGAGAGCUGGGCUCUGCCCAGCACCACCCUGGGCCCAGCCUUCCCCCUCCCUCAGGGCUGCUGCCACCUCCUCCUGCUGGAAGGGAGGUGGGGCCCAGCCUGUGCCCCCCCCAGGGGUUGUCUGUUCAGUAAAGUGUGUGCAGAGAACAUGGCCUGGCUCUGUGGGAUUCCUGUGACCCCCAGGCAGCUGUGGGGGCAGAGAGAAGAGACUGGGGUGGGGGGACACACGACACAUGGAAUUGGUGACAGGUGUAGAGGAAGCAUCUCUGGCUGCAACUCCAGCCUGGUGGAGGGUUUCCUGCUGGGCUGGGGCUGCCAUCAGGGCAGGGAUGAAGCAGCCUCUGGGCAGUACAAUAUCCCCCCCCCGAAGGUCUGGCUGAGAGCCCUCCCCUGGCAUCUGGGCACCAGGGGGCAGGCAGCCUCCCGUAGUUCCAGGUGCGAGUGCUACUGGGAGCCCAGCUCAGGCUGCUGGGGCUUGGCCAUGUUGGGCAGGGGCAGAGCACAAGUCAAGGAUUAACCACAACCCCCAUCCUGAGCCAGGCCGCCCCCUCCCCCAUGGGCUGUGGGGGAGCCAGUGCCCAGGGGCUGGCACCAUGUGGGGCCUUGGGAGCAGGGGCAGAGCCUGGCCCUGGGAGGGGAACAGGGCACAAGGGGUGUGGCCCAGCCAGCUGCCAGCUCACCUUCCCCCCCCUGGGAGACAGGGGCACCGCUCCAGUCCUACAGCUGCUGAGCCAAGAGCCCUCCCAAGCCAGGCCUGGGGGCAGGGCGGGGCAGACAGUAGCAAACCUCUGGAGCUGAACAUGCCCCCUUCUCCCGUGUAGCUCCUGCUAGCCCAGGCCCGAGCCCCGGGGCUGCUCCCUGAGAGCCCAGGCACAGGCAGGGAGCUCCCCUCCGUUAGUCCUGGCACCACAAUGACGCUGCCCAUCAUUAAGCAGAACUGGCCCUGCUGCGCUGGCUUUGUGCCAGGAGGGGGAGCAGCCCUGGUGGGCCCUGGCCCUCAGUGGGUCAUGGGGGGGGAGCAGCCCCCAGUACCUGGAGUUGGGUCCACCCCUCCUCCAGCGAGAGCUGGAUCGACCCUAGAUCCACACCAGGCACCUGGCCAGGCCUAGGGCUUGGCAGCUACCACUCGCCCACAGCCCAGCUAGGGGCCCCGUAUCUGGUUUGGGGCCAUCAGGAGGGCAGGUUGCUCCCUGCUGUUGUGCUGCCCGGGAUGUCUUACGACCCCAUUCCCAACCACAACCCAGCCUGGCUCCCAGGGCUAUAACGAGCCACUCAGCACCAGCACAGACCUGGGACACUCACAGCCCUGCACCUGGCAAGAAACAGCCACAGCCUUGGGUUUGCGUUUGAGACGGUUUAUUGUUUAAAGGAUUUUGCAAUUAACACAACAUGAAAGUCCUUCAGCCAGCACCUCAGUACUCCUCUCCCUCCUC